AUGGUGGCUAAUGAUUACAGCGAUGAUGACGAGGAGAUGGUGGCUAAUGAUGAUGGUGAUGAUGAUCAUGAUGGUGGUAUAGAAUUGCCAUCGGCUCAACGGUCAAUGUUCUCCAGAAUGGAUGUAUCUGUUGGGGCGAGUGGAUUUCCCAUCAUCAGUAAAUCAGCCAUCACCGUCAGAUGCGGCCUGAAUAAGUCAACAAGUUUACAAAAAUCAAUCGAAAAAAUAAGAGAGAGGAUUACAAAUGAAAAGGUCGAAAUAUCUCCGUCAGCGUACGACACGGCGUGGGUGGCGAUGGUGCCGGCGAGAGAGCAUUCCAGCGGCAAUCCUUGUUUCCCGGAGUGCUUAGAUUGGAUCAUUGAUAACCAGAACCCAGAUGGGUCGUGGGGUCAUCAAUUUAUCGUUAAAGAUUCACUUUCUUGCACGCUCGCAUGCUUGCUUGCCCUCCGCAAAUGGAACGUUGGCCACCAACAACUCCAAAAAGGAUUGGAAUUCAUAAGGGCAAAUACAUGGGCAGCUAGCGACAAGGAUCAACUUUCUCCAAUUGGUUUCAACGUUGUUUUCCCCACGAUGAUAUGCCAUGCAAACGAACUUGACUUGACUCUACCUUUUGACCAAGAUUUACUCGAUUCUAUGACUCGGAUACGAGACUCGGAAAUUAAUAGUGAACGAAAUCAGAAUUUGGAAUAUUUCGCUGAAGGACUUGGAGAGUCAUUCAAUUGGGACAAUAUAUUGACACACCAAAGAAGUAAUGGCUCACUUUUCAAUUCACCCGCUACUACUGCAGCUGCCGUAAUUCACGGUCAAGACAACAAGUGCUUCGAAUACUUGCAAUCGCUUCUCAUAAUUUUCAAGGCUUGGGUGCCCAAUACUUACCCGUUGGAUAUAUACACUCGUCUCUGCCUUAUUGACAUCAUCCAAGGGUUGGGAAUUGGUCGAUACUUUCAAUCUGAAUUCUAUAGUAUUUUAGAAGAAACAUACAGGCUAUGGCAACUAAAAGAAGAAGAGAUUUUUGCGGACAUUAGUUGUUGUGCUAUGGCAUUUAGACUAUUGCGAAGCAGAGGAUUUGAGGUCUCAUCGGAUGCAUUGGCUCCAUAUGCUGAGAAAGAUCACGUUAGCCUGCAAACGGCUGGUGUAGGUACGAUUCUUGAGCUUUACAGAGCAUCGCACAUAAGAAUAAACGAAGAAGAAACAACUCUUGAGGCUAUAAAUGAUUGGACCACCACAUUUCUCAAGGAGCAAUUGCUGAGUAAAACUAUUCUUGACAAGAAAUUGGAAAAACAGGUGCCCCACAAUCUACAAUAA